AUGUCACCAUUACGAAAAGUCUCUCCUCCUGCAAAGGUUGAGAUGCGCAAUUCUCAACAACCUCUUAUGGAAAUGGUUCAAGCUGGACGUUCCAAUGUCUCGUUAGCAACAGAUCUCAACAUGGGCCCAUCGAAUUCACCUAGUUCUACUACAGAUAUCGUCAGACCGGAUUCACGCAGACUUUCACAUACUCCACCCAUGGAACGACGUGCAUCUAAUUUAAGUAUGAAUCGAAAAUCAUAUUUGCCAGUUAUCCCAUCUCCUCUUAAUCCUUCGACUUCAUCAACAACAGUCAAUAGUUAUUCUUCUUCUGGAGAUCUACCUCUUCCCACAUCGACAAAUUCGAGUGGAAAUACACCAACUGACGAAAAUACAAAUAAGAGAGGAAAGGGUCUUAGUUCUCCUCAGCAACUUCUGAGACGCAAAUCAGAAUUGGCAGGAAUUGGCUUACAGAUGGGAGAUCCAUCACGAACGGGCACACCAAAAGGAUUAAAAGAUCUAGGCCAUGAUUACUCUCGCUAUCCCAAUUCCCGCAGACCAUCUUCAUAUGGAUCGGAACUAAACGCUCCUUGCCCACUUUUCAUAUCAGAAGCAUCUACAUCAUCCGACUCCUUAUCUUCUCCUAUACCCCGAAACCCGUUUCGCGAUUCCAGCACCGCUCUCAUUGAUAAUCCUGAAAAAUGGAAUUAUCCUGACGACCGCGUAGCAGCAUUCGAUCCCUAUUUCGGAGGUGAAAAGGGAUUUAUAUUAUAUGAUGAUGAGAUUGAAGAUGAUGAUAAUCUUCACAUGCCAAAUGAGAAUGAUGAUCGGGAUUUUAAACCGACGUUUCAUGAGUGGAUGGAAAGGAAAAGAACUUAUCCCCUCCUGCGCAAUGUUCGCACAACCUUAAUCGAUCCCGACACACCCCAAUCUUCGAGAACUAGACAAUCAACAUUUAAUGGAGAAACUCUCAAUCUCGUCUUCUCGGAUGAAUUUAAUAAUAAUAAUCGAACUUUUUAUCCUGGGGAUGAUCCGUUUUGGACGGCGCCGAAUAUUUGGUAUGGGGCUACGCAGGAUAUGGAGUGGUAUGAUCCCGUAGCCGUCACAACCGGAGGAGGUACUCUUCAAUUACGCAUGGAUGCUUUUGCAAACCAUAACCUCGGAUACCAAUCCGGUAUGCUUAAUUCUUGGAACCAACUUUGUUUCAAAGGUGGUAUCCUCGAAGUAUCCAUCUCCCUUCCAGGCCCCUCGGCAGUUCCUGGUCUCUGGCCCGGUGUCUGGUCCAUGGGAAAUUUAGGUCGUCCAGGCUACAAAGCCACCACCGAAGGUGUAUGGCCUUACACCUACAACUCCUGCGAUUACGGCAUCACCCCCAACCAAUCCUCUCCCGAUGGACUCUCCGAGCUCCCCGGUCAAAAACUCAAUUCCUGCACCUGCAAAGGCCAAGACCACCCCACCCCGGGAACGGGUCGCGGCGCCCCCGAAAUCGACGUCCUGGAAGGAAGCGUCGAUCCCAAUAAUCGCAUCGGCGUCGUCACCCAAUCCUUCCAAGUCGCCCCCUUCGACAUCUUCUAUCGUCCCAAUCACGCUUUCCUCCAAAUCCUCAACUACAACACCACAAAUAUGAAUGCCUACUGCGGCGGUCCCUUUCAACAAGCGAUCUCCGGCACCACCCUUCUCAACAAUAACUGGUACGAUGGUCUCCAAUACCAAAAAUACGCAUUUGAAUACACACCCGGCGUUUCCUCGACGGGGAAAAUCGCCUGGUUCGUAGGCGACGAACAAACGUUCAUGAUGGACGGUCGCGCCAUCGGUCAAAAUGGAAAUGUCGCCCAGCGACUCGUAAGCGAGGAACCCAUGAGUGUGAUUCUGAAUCUGGGGAUUAGUGGCGCCUGGAGUCAGAUUUUAUUAGGGGAUCUCAGGUUUCCGACCACCAUGCAUGUGGAUUAUGUGAGGAUUUAUCAGAGGGAGGGCAAGGAGAGUGUCACGUGUGAUCCGGAAGGUUGGGAGACGACGGAGUAUAUUGAGAAACAUCCGGUGGCGUAUCGGAAUGCGAAUUUGACGGCAUGGAAUCAAACAGGCUAUGAAUGGCCGACUAAUUCGUUGAUGAAUGACUGUUCAUAGAUAUGGUGAUAGAGAGAUGGAUGGAUGGAUGGAUGAAUGGAUGAAUAUGAUGAAUGAAUAUAAUGAAUAUGAUAAUCGUAAUUGUUAAUAUUUAUUUAUAAUAUAAUUAUAUUUCAUAUUAAUCAAAACAUAUAUACACA